AUGAAUAGGCCAAUCGUUGAUGACUACUUUUAUAAGCUAAGAGAAACCAUCGAAAAGCUAAAGUUAUUUGACAAACCAGGUAACAUUUAUAAUACGGACGAAAAAGGGUGCAGAUUGACAAUUCAUAGGCAACCAAUUGUUUUAGCCAGAAAAGGGGCAAAGCGCGUACAUUUAACCGCACCCGAGCAUGGGGAAAAUGUGUCAAUUGUAGGUUGUGGAAACGCACUGGGUCAAUCAGUACCACCUUUUGUGCUUUUUAAAGGACAAAGGUUAAAACCAAAAUGGUUUGAUCACUUGCCACCUGGCUCAAAAGCAAUUGUCACAAAUAAAGGAAGCAUGACAUGUGAAGCCUUUAUUGUAUGGCUUACUCAUUUUUCCUCAUUCAAAAAUUCUGGCCCAACACUACUAAUAUUCGAUGGGGCUAAAAUUUACCUUGAUAUUUCUAUAGUUGAUGUAGCAGACCGUAUGGGCAUAACUUUAUUUUGUCUUCCAAGCAACACUUCACAUGAGUUGCAACCCAUGGACAAGUCUGUAUUUAAAAGUUUUGAGACGUUUUGGGAUCAAAAAGUUUUGCAGUUUUUAAUGAUAAACCCUGGAAAAGCAAUUACGAAAAUGAGGUUUGGAGAAAUUUUUACUCCCGUUUGGUUCAAAGCGAUGAUUCCAUCAAACAUUAUUUCUGGUUUUAAAGCCACCGGUAUAUAUCCAUUUAGAUCAGAGGCUAUACCUGAAGAGGCUUAUGCACCAAGUUUGAUCACCCACAGAGAAGAAAACGACGUAGUAAAUAAUUCUCAAGGUGUAUCAGAUGUUGUGGAAAGUUCUUGCAGGUCAAUUGAGUCUGCAGACAAAAACAAAGCAAGUACAAGCGGAUAUCAACUACUAAAAAAACCGCUUCAAAAAAGAAAGAAGAGUCCCGUUUCUAGCACAGAUACCGAAUCACUAUCGGAUUUUAGUCUUGACGAUGAUUCACUUGACGAUAUAUCCGAUGAAAAUGAACCUUUGGUAAAUUUGAAAAAAAAAGUUUAG